CAAAAAACAAACCAAGGAACCAUAAAACACCCAAUCAAUACCAAUGCCGACCGAGCAUAAGGGAACGUCUUAACGUGACAGUAGCGGCGCCAAUCCAUUAACCCGUAUGAUGUUUGUAGAGCCAUGAAGUUGGUAUGAAGACCCUGGUCAUGCUGGAUGAACAGGGCGAACAAUUGGAUAGAAUCGAGGAUGGAAUGGACCAGAUCAACACGGACAUGCGGGAGGCCGAGAAGAAUCUUACCGGUAUGGAGAAGUGCUGCGGGCUCUGCGUGCUACCAUGUCAGAAGGGCUCAUCAUUUAAAGAAGAUGAAGGUACCUGGAAAGGAAAUGACGAUGGUAAAGUUGUCAACAAUCAGCCUCAGCGUAUGAUGAUGGACAACGGAAUGGGUCCACAAGGUGGUUACAUCGGCCGUAUCACGAAUGAUGCCCGCGAGGACGAAAUGGAGGAAAACGUGGGCCAAGUGAACACAAUGAUCGGCAACCUGCGAAAUAUGGCCAUUGACAUGGGCAGCGAAUUGGAGAACCAGAACAGGCAGAUCGACAGGAUCAAUCUCAAGGGCGACUCGAAUGCGCAAAGAAUAGCGUCUGCCAACGAAAGGGCGCACGUCCUUCUCAAGUAGACACUUCAAACACAUUAAAAAUUAUUUGAGAAAACACCCCUUCUUCUUUUUAACUACAGACUAUGGCGAGAGCAACGAAACGCGCAUUGCGGUGGCCAAUCAGCGCGCCAACAAGCUACUUAAAUCCUAAAGAGGGCCGAGGCCGCACCACGCCCACCAGGGCAGCCACCGUACUGUGUACUCUAUUUUUUCUCUUUCUAUCUCGAUGUUAUCGGCUUUAGCAUUAUGUAUAGUUUAGAGUUUCGUAACUCGUUGGCGAUGUAGGAUGAGCAGGUAAACUUACAUUUACAUUCAAAAAUAGUGUCAUUAGCAAUACUCUACCAUCACAUUUCCAACGGUUUGACAACCGAUUGCGCACUCCUUCAACGCGCUAGCGUUGUCAAAAGACAAACGGUUUCAAAUUUGAUUGUUUUAGAAAGCAUUUUUCUGUGAAAUACGAUUGAGUAACAGCAUCGUAUUUGACGACUAUUCGACAUUUGUGUGUGGGCGGUCUGUAGGACCUUUGCCUCUAAUGUACGUUAGUCGAAUCUGUCUUCUGGUUGCCUAAACACCAGACAGCCAGACUUCACAGUUGCUGGAGCAACGGACAUCAUUGAUAAAAAGCGAGUAAAGGAUUGGUCCUAGGACCGAGCCCUGUUGACAAACCAUUGUCAAUUUUGAUCCGAAACUUCCUUCCUUCAAGAAAGGAUUUAAGUAAUUUUAGAAGCCUAAAGGAAAACCCUUUUGGAUUAGUUUAUAGAGGAGGCCCGCGUGCCGCACCUUGUCAAACGCUUUUGAGACGUCCAAAAGCAAGAUGCCAGUACUCAUACUGAGGGUGAAUCCUCUGGCCACCUGCUCCACCAGCCUGACUGCCUGUAGCUCGGUACUAUGCUCGGAAUCGUAGAUGAAAACAUGCUGUGGUCGUAUUUGGUUGAGAUUUAUUCAACCACAUUGUGAGUCACUCUGAAAUGAUCCAUGAAUUCACUUACAUUGAUUUUUUCGUUUAUGAAGCAGUAUGUGUUUUCAUCAUCACCCGAAUCGAUAUGUGAGAUCCAAUCGGAUCCUGAACUUGAUAGUUCUGAGAGCAAUACAAACAGUUAUACAAGAUAAAAAACUAGUACACACCAAGUUUUAUAAAAAGGGUUAUCUGGGGUCAACACAAUUCAAAAACCAUAACCCCAAAUCAUAAGGCACCCAUAACAAAACAAGAGUUGUCAAACCGAAAUAGCGGACCUAUAUUCCCCAACUAGAUUUUACCUUUGCUUGAGCAUGUUUUCUCCACUGCGCAUGCUCAGUCGGUCUCGAACCGUUGGAAAUGUGUCGAUUAUUUAUUUACUAUUAUUAAGGCACUCAUCCAAUCCUUCCCCAUUUUUCUCUUAUUUCGCCUUGACUUUGUCUGGUAUUCCCAAACCAAGUAUCAUUCAGACCGCUCCGACUCGCAUAACUUGUCACUGUAGCAGCAUCGAAAUACGAAAUUUGUGUAUAUGUUACGUAGACAGCUUACCAACCAUGCAAGCGUCUGAUUAUUUUGUUGGGAUGUCAUCUUGUAUCUGGUUUGUAUUCUGUUUAGCCAGUUUGAAAGCUACCGCUAGUUCAUCGCUAAUGUACGAAGCACGAAAAACUUACACAGCCGCAAUUUUUAGCUAAUUCACGAAGUAUCUUCAAUAGUUGGAUAAAGUGUGAACUCAAUGUUACUAGUAAUACAUAUUAAUCGUUGGCUGGCAUCUAAACUAGGCACUUCCCUUUGCCAGUUGAUUCGACAAGCGAGGUUAUAUCAAUGGCAAAUGGUAUUGUUGUUGCAGUUAUUGCCGGAUCUUCAUCAAUUAUGAUUGUGGCGGCUUUUGGCCGGAAAUUUCAAAAAGUGGGUUUUCCGAUUACUCAGGCACACAAAAUAAAAAUAAGUGGUUUCUGUUUGAAGUCUGACUAUGUUUUCCCCGUGUAUUUUUUCACGCUGUACACGAAUGUGAGGUCAAAAUUGUGGAAAGAUGGACGAAUAUAAAAGUAAUUUAGACAUCAGAACUAAAACUUUUGUUUUUUUUGUGCAUCUCUCGGAGACAUCUGAAGAGAUGUGCUUUUCACCAAAAAUGCCAAAAUGCCUGAAUUACUUUCUUAUUUCUCCACCGACCCCCUAUUUUGACUUCAGAUUCGUGUUCAGCUUGAAAAAUAACAUGGGAAAAACAUGCACACACCACUUUUCCUAUUUUGUGGGUAUUUUUAGUAACUAGAUGCCUAUAUUAUUUUGUCUCACUUAGCAAUGUUGGGUUCACACUAUAUCCAACCAAUAUUGAUUGCAAACUAGUUAAAAAUCCCGAUUUAAUUGUGUAAUUUUCACACCUUAGUCAUGAAUCUGGAUUGCUUAUAAACGAACCGGUUACCAUACAAACUAACCAAGAUUUGUAGAUGUUUCAGUGGGAAGAUGACUUUCCAUCAAAACAAGCAGGCGUUAUUUAUACUAGUCAAGUAUAACUAACUACUUUAACCAAAAAAUAAUAACUAUAUAUGUAUCGUAUGAAUAUGCACUCAGUAUUGAUACCAAAUUGCGAAUUAACUAUGUGUAAAAAGUCUUAUAUUUCCACGUGCUGUAAAGUGAAGUCUACAUACUCAUCCUUAUAUUUAUCUAUAUUUAUUAUAGCUAUAUCUCUUACUGUAUUUAGCAUUCUAUAAGUGUAAAAGGUAAAGGGUUGUAUUUUUCCGUUUUCGUUAGAAAGAUGAUACUCAAAGGAUAUAUAAUCCGUAAGAUAGUCAAAUAUUACUCUUUACUGUACGUACAUAGGAUAUCUUCGCGUAGAUCUUUUCUUUUUUCUCUAUUGGUCAACUUCAUUUAAACAUUCCAUGUAGUUAAAAAUAUUAUAAACACAACACAGAUAUAUAUGAUGAUGUUGCUUUUUCUGUUUAGACUAUAUUUUUGCAAUAACUAUGAAAAAAAUGAAUGUUGUACCUAUCAUAUAAAUAUUGUGCAGAAACUACAUAAUAUAGUCAUGUGUAUCAUAGUUGGCCAAUACUACUUGAAACCCUUGGCUUGUUAAUUUAUUUUUCUAUCUAGAUAGAUAUUUUAAAAGUUGCUAUAAUGUAGAUAAUUUUAUAAAAUACAGUUGAUAGUACGUAAGGAUACACGAGAAUAGGUCACAAGUGAUGUUAUCGAAAAAAAAUUAACCCAGUAUUAAGCAAUAAUGACUGUUUUUGAAAAUCCUCUGAUACCUCGGUCCAUUGAUAUAUAUGAUUUAUUUACUGCCCACACCAUCAUACCCUGUUAACUGUUUGUGGGUGUUUCCUGUAUACCUUCCAUUCCGAGAUACCUACGCUAUUGUAAUCAAUGAACAACGUCAAUAAUAAUGAUGCGUUUACAAUUUCCAAUGAUCAUCAUACGAGUAAAUAACCGCACAAUCAAAGCGCUGUUAUUUCAGUGGACUGAGAUAUUAGGAUGACUUAUGUGUAAACGUUUCGUUUCGUUGAUCAUGGGUGUGCAAACGAGGUUAUUUAAUUGCACAAAUUCGCACAUUUUUUAAUAUAUCCCACUGGUCUUCGACACUAUUAUGCCUCGUUGAAGAUAAUGUUACUAGUCCACCUUAUCUCGUCAGUGAACGAAAGUAUCACACGUUUCUAAGCUUUACGUUAUUUGUAGAAGAGUCCUCUUGAGGAUUCGUCUUGUUGGUGUAAACAAGAAUUGUGUACCGUGUAAAUAAAAUACGAUAGUGCACUGGUAACAUUAUAAGGUUCCGGGAAAGUGUAUUCUUUCUCCGAAUUUUGUCAUAAUGAGUGAAGAAUUGAUAUUGACGUCCAGCUGGUGUGGUGUUACUCUGUUUCGGACGAUGAUAUCAAUAUUGUUGUUUUUGUUAAUGUUUGAAACAGUUUAUAAUCAAGGGACCUAUGGAAAAAACUUUUUGAAUCCUUAAAUAUCGUAUUGGAAUUUUAAGCUCAGUAGAAUAUUCGCGAGCUGUUGCUGAUUUAUUGCAAUUGAUAACAUAGGCAUACUCGCCUUAGGGAAGCUUCACUGACAUUGAUACCAAAUCUUACUUUACUGUAUGUAAGAUUAUUUUUCACUUCCGGCAUUGUAAAAAACAGCAAGUACCGUUAGCCAUAUAUUUAAACUGGAAGUCUUAUAGAUCUGUACUUUGCAAAUAUUUUUUUAUGAAGUAAUAGUUUUUCAUACUACAAUAGCUGUCUGAAUACUGCUUGAUAUCUACAGAGGUUGCAGAGAGUAGUUAAAAUACUAAUAUGUUAUUGAAAAUAAUCUCAAUUUGUUGCUGUAGAGGAAAAUUGAGACAAAUUACAUACGAGAUCGGUGCAAGAUCAACAUAAGUACACCGUAUUGCUGGAACUGGAUGAUUCAGUACUGUGUUGGUAAUAUGGGGCGUGCAAAAACGGUCAAAGAUGGCAAAAUUGGCAGGCUGUGCCUCCCCACUAUUACUACUACUACGACAUACCUCACAAAACAGUAUUGGUUUACCCAUUAUACAGAGUGUAAUUCAACUGAUGACUAAAAUACAGGAUAUGAUUCCUUAGCUCAUUUUAGGGAGAACAGUUGAUAUGAACAUAUGUCCUAAACCUCUUAACUACAUCCAGAACUGGCCGAUACGACCGCUCGUUUGUCCCGAGGGUGUCGAGAUUGUGGAAAAACCUACAAGAAAAAGCUUUUCCCUGUUCUACUAACCUUAGGCAGUUCAAAAAUCCUAUUAACAAAAUUUCUGUGGGAUCAUCAUAGCAGCCGCGGUGUUCUGGCAUUUAGGCUUCUGCCUGUGCGGCUGCUUCGAUAUAUACAAAAAAAAACUUUUGAGCUAUUGAGUGUUAAAGCUUUAAGAAAAAAAUCGUUUCCUUAUCAUACUGUUCUAGAUAUUUUCAUGAAAUUUGAUAUACAUCUACUACGCACCAAUAGGGAAUAGGCAUUUUUUGAUGUAGAAUAUUUUUUAAAUAUUCCUACCAGUGACGUAGAUCAAAUAAACUAAUACUAUUUGAUUUAUCACAAGAAUGGUUGAAAAUGUCCUCCUGCUAGAAUGCUCUUUCUCUUGGAUUGGCCGAUCCCAGAAUCUUUUAUGGUUUGGCAAGAAAGUAAAAUUGUCUGCCUUAGUUCCUCUUCAGUUUGAUCCAGUGUACACUAAAGUCUUGAGGUGCCCCCAGAAAAAAAUAGACUAAAGAAAGUGGCGAUAGUAUAGUCCAUCAAGUCCCCUUGGAAAAAAGAACGGUCCUAUGAUGAAAUCUCCAACUAUCCCAGCCCACACAUUCACGGAAAACUGCUCCAUGAUGUGCGUAUUGGUUUUCUUCGGUCCAUAAAUGAUCAAAGGAAAUUUAAAUGCAUUGGAAAAUCACGCGGCAGUAGUGCUUGAACCCUUUGAAUUUGAUACAGGUAUAGUAAAUUAUCAACAAGAAUUUUCCAAAUAAGAAAAUGGGAAACAUUAAACAGUACCUCAAUUUUCCUAGUACUUGUUUCUGGAUGGUGCUCAGUUGUAUUUAAAACAGCUUCCUCUAAUUCUGGUGUUCUCACCGUGUGAUGUACACCUUUUCUUUCCUGUCAGCAGGUAAAAUGAGCUCAAAUUCGUUGCAAAAUAAAUGAGCAUUGAAAAAUGAUUUUUAUUUUCGGAAAAAAAAAUGGCGUACCACAUUUUUUUGGAAAAAUCUCCAGUAUACAUCACGUACGGGGACGCCACUGGUAGAAGUAUUAAAAAAUAUUCUACAUCAAAAAACGCCUAUUGGUGCUUUGUAGGUGCAUGUCAAAUUUCAUGAAAAUAUCUAGAACAGAAUUAAAGUUACAAGAAAACAAAUCUUAGCUCAAAAGUUAAGAGGUAUAGGACAUACUAAGUUCAUAAUAACUUUUCUGCCUAAAAUGAGCUAAGGAAUCAUAUCCUGUAUUUUUAGCCGUCAAUUAAAUCGCAUCCUGUAUUUAUGAAAUCGUAUUAGCUAGAUUUUCAUUAAGGCGAUCUUAUGAUACUUUUUUGAAACAAAAUCCCCAGCAGCUCGAAAAACAAAAAGUUUGCAUUCUGUAGUCCUAAAAGUUGUUGAGGGAACAGAAAGAAAGGGCUUUUAUCCCAAUUUUUAACUAUAGUAAUAUAUAUCCACUGUGAUUAGUCAUAUCCAAUUGAAAAAAAUUGUUCCCGCCUUCGUUGAGGCUUGAUGCGUCUUCUUCUAUUGAUUACGGCUAGUCUUUUUAAGUGUACAGUGUUUAAUUUAGACCCUCGACUACAUAGUAUUAAGAGUUGAGUGAUAUUUACAUAUAUAAGGAAAAUGGCUGUUGCAUUUCGAAGUAUGUACAAAAUAUCGAAUUGUUGGAGAAUCGCAUUAAGAUUUCCACUUUCUGUCUUCUAGAUAAACACACUGGAUACUACCAAAUACUUACACAUACAUUUCAAGUCGAAUUGCCUCUUACAAUAUUAGAAAUAACAAUCAGAGGGAGGGAUAACUUGAAACUUUGACAUAGCUGAGGGCAAAACUAGUUUGAUUCAGAAACUCAACCUCCACAAUUGAAUGAAAUAGGAUACUUUUAAUGUUGGGUCCAUACCUAUAGUUCAAACGUACUAGAAGUCUCCAUACGUUUUGUAGAUCAUUGAUGAAAACUUUGUAAGAUCAUUCAUAAAUGAUAUAAUGAGAGGCAAUGUAGUAUUUUGGGUAUUUGCCUAGAUUUUUGAAGGAGUAAAACUUAAGCACAGCCGGUACUUAUGUGAAAUUAGUUCCACCAAAAUAUUAAACGAAAUGUGCCAUCAAUUAUAUUUGCAGCGAUUAUUUCUUAUAAAAUGUUUUUGGAAAUGUGUGGCAAGGGUAUGACUAUAAGCUUCAAUAUUUUGUACGUCCAUAUUGUUGAAUGGUGCAAGUGAGUUUUAUUUAACUUUAGCAGGCUAAAUACAGCUUUUAAUAGUUAGGGCCAAACAAAAUGGCCGACAAUAUGGUAAAGAAAUUAUUUAUAUUACAUAACUGGGUCAAAACUAGAAAUUUUCGACCUGGCCUGGCGGGUUAUAUCUCAGAUCAGGCUCAAAAUCUUCCUGGUAAGUACCUAUCGAGGCAUGAGGUUUUGUGAAAAAAAUUCUAUCGUUUUGGCAGCUUUUCCAUUUUCCAGCUACUCCUGUUCCUGGAAAGCAUUAAGCCGACUGUGGUAAAAUUGUAAAAUGAACUUCAAAUUGCGAUCUAAUAUUUCGGCCAGGUGUUUUUUUUUUCGAAACUUUGCAGCGUUUUAUGAAGUGACAUUUUCAAAUAACAGGCUUCCAAAUAUAGAUAGGAGGAGUCGUUAUGGCUCACUUUGAGAAACACUGAUAUAGAGGAAUAAAUUGGUCAUUUUUCUUUACAAAAAACAAAUAUUUUUUGCGUUUUUCUUUUCGGACGGCAUAGGAAUUGUCAGCCAAAUGAAACAGUGAAAAUCUUCGGAAAAAUCACUUUUGACUUGAACAUCUGUCGAACGAGUUAUCUGAUCGCAAUUCGGAGGUCAUUUUCGAACUCCUUGGACAAUGUCACUUGGGAAUAGUCAUAUAUUCUGGGACCUACUGCUUUCUAGGGACACAAGUAGCGAGAAAAUCGAAACAUUGACAAAACGCUAAAAAUAAAAUUUUUGUUGAACCUCAGAGCUUUGAGCGCUACAAUUUUUCAGAGCUUCUCGUGUCUAUAUAAAACAAGUCGAACUCGAUCUGAGAUAUGACCCGUCAUCCAGGUCGUGGAAUUUGUAGGUUUGGCCCAACUACAUAUUCAAAUGUAUAGAGUAGGCAUUUCCGAUUAUGUAAUUAAAAAUGUAUUACUGAAAGCGUU